GUCUGUCUGGUUGGAUUCGUAAAGCGGACACAUUUGUGAGUCGCUGUAGGUCGCGGUCCGGGGCAUGCUUCGUUUACGUUGAGGUCGGAAUACCAGCCUGUGGUCCGGCUUAACGUUUCCGAGUAAACCGCCAUCCCGGAGAUCAGAAAAAGAAGGACAGACAAGGAGAGAAAGAGAGCAAGGGGAUGUUGACUUAUCCCUCUGACUCACUCCAUCAGUUAGAUUGUCCAAUGGAUGAACAUGCCAUUCCCCCAAACAGUUUCUGUAGUGUACCUCCCCAAAGUGAACCUCCACCACCUCUCCUCCCCUUUUCCUCCGUCACUCCCAGCUGUCCGGAAAAUGGAGUAUCUGAACACAGAAGAAGUGGCUGCAUUCAAGAGAUCCAAGCACAAACUCUUAAAAAGCAGAGCAUUACAGGCAACAGACAAUCCAGACAGAAUCUGGCCCCCACAAAGAGACAACGGGAGAGUGCGAACAUGGUGUCACAGUCCAAGCAGCAAAGAGUUGAAGGCACCCGUGUACAUGAGAAAAAAAUGAAGGAUGGAUUUGAUGCCAGUUUUGCAGCAGAGUGCCAAAAUAAGCAAAACCACCAGAGAAGCCCAGAGACUGAAGAAAAUGUGGUUGAGCAGUUUGCUGUCGAUACCACACAGAACCUUGAUACCACGAAACCUGACGUGGAUACAUGCGAGGGAUUGGCUGUUGGACACUCGGUUGAAGCUGCAUCUGCCCCAAAGGGAUGGGUGAUCGGUCCCUUGUUUCAGUCAUUCAAGUCGAAGAUGGCCAGUUUCACAGAUAUAGUGAUGAGUCCUGUUAAACUCUUCAGAGCUCAUACUACUCCACUGUGCACGGACCUUCUAGAGCUACCGGCCAAUGGAGCAUCUGAUGUUGAACAGUCGGAGCCGAGCCAUGUGUUUCAUUCAGAAGCACAAAGUGAGACUGCAGAUCAGGAGAGGGUCCGUAAAGUAGAAAGUGCACAAAAUGUAAAAACUGUUGCAAUUAGAUAUUCCAAAAAAUUAUCUUUUGAUGUAGAGUUACCAACACAUAACUCCGAACAGGCGGAUGAAUGUGCAAUAACCCAAAAGGAAAAGAACUCUCCUGAUGCUGUGCCUUUGCAACGCUGCCCCUUACCCAUUGUUUCUGAGGAAGUUUCAGAAUCUGUAGGGUCCUCUAUAUUGUUACAGCCCUCUCUCAAUAUAAGUGCCUCACAUGAAACCAAGUUAAAUAUUCCUGGUGCUAUCGAGGACCAAAAAAGCAAGAUGUCUGCCCAGCUGAAACCACUGCCAAGGAAAUGUUCAGUAAAUAGAUCGCGAGUAAAGAAAGUUACCUCUAAGACUUCAACAUCUAGAGUGAAAAAGGAAGAGUCUGAGGUUAGUGAUGAGCAGUUUUCACACAUUAAUUCAGGCAAAUCAAACAAAGCGGAUUCUGUCUGUUAUGCUCAGCCCGACAGCGAUUGCCCUCAGCCUGAUGAUGGUGAGGAUGUUGGCAGGAAAAUAGAAAUUUCGGAUUGCCCAAGCCACCUGAAAAACUUCAACGACAGUGCUAAUGAAGGGACACUGAAGCCUUCUUUGGAUACGCAGCAGCUGCAUUGUCUGUUAAACCCUGAAACUUAUUCAGCUUCAGGUCCUGGGAGAGCAAAGAGAGGCGUGGAGCUGGACUGCCAUUCCCAAGACUUUGUGAAGAGGAAGAGAUUAACAGCAGAUACACAUACAAAGGAUGCCAAAAGACAAGAGUUAUUAAAUGUGGCGUCAGAUAUUGGCAUAUUGAGACUACCAAGAAGAGAAGUUGUGUCGACAAAUCCCAUUGUGCAUAAGGAAGAAACGCCGAAACCUGUUAGAAAAAUACCGUCUGUUUCAACAAGAGCAAAUAAGAAAGGAAAAAAUGGACAAGAAAUAAUUGCUAAAAUAAAUGAAACUGUGUUAAUCACACAGACUGGAAUUUACUCAUUGGAUAAAAGCAGUGGUGUGUCAGAGAAUAACAUGAAGGGCAGCAGCAAGGGGAAGCCCAAGGGUUCGUGCAACAAGCUGAAGACAAAAACAGGCCUUGGUAAAACUGAUGUAAACAUUGAUAACGGUAUGGAACUGGAAACCAGCAUGGCCAUCGCCUCUACCAAACAAGUCGAGCAGGACACACGAUCAGAAGUCCUUUCUCGUCCUGCUAUAAAGCCCCUCCAAAGCUCAAGCAAGCGCAGGAAUAUAAAGAAGAAUCCCGUCAAGCGGAAGUCGCCGAGCCAAUCGAGCUUAACUAUAGAAUUAGACAGCGCUUUGUUUUCUACCUCCUCAGUACCAUCAAUGGAGCCAUUAGAUCUCACGCCCACAGAUUUGAACACCUCUCAGUGCGUUCAAAAAGAGCAGGGCUCGAAAAAGGGACUGAACCAGCCGUCCAAGAGAACCAAAAAGGGUUUUAGAGUUGAUGUUAAAUCAUCUGCAUCAGGUAGGAGUCAAGAGACGAAGCAGUGUUCCCAUGACCUUCAUUUGAUAGCCAAAGAAAACCAGCCCCAUGAAAGAAGAGGUCAAAUCUCAAUGGACCCGGUGUAUUUUGAAAUGACACCUUUUCAAAGUAAUCAACAACCUUCGUCCUCCCAACCUAAUUUAAACGGUUCUGUACAAUCUGAAGUUAAGCAUGUCACUGAUGGGAAAGAAAAGAGUACUGCUUCUGUAUCAGAUGAGUUAUCACCCACCGACACUGAAGUCAGUGACCACAGCAGCAUUAGCGUCUCUGGGUCGAGUGCAAGAAGGGUUAAUAUUAAGCCAAGGAGAGCAGAUAAAAAGAGGAGAACAUGCAUGUUUUUGCUUACCAGGACAUGUAAUGGUGAAGACGGGACUAAUUCCAUCUCUAUGGACAAUGCAGACCUGGCUACAACAAGUUCACCCUCGGAAGGAAAUGACUUGUCAAGGCGCCUGUUGCGCAGCUACUCUUGCCCGGAGAUCUCCUCGCUUCGUCUCCCUGACACCCCCUGGACUUCUGCCCUGCUUUUACCCCAUCAUAGCAGGGUCCACACAAGACACCAGCAUCAGUCUUCCCACACUCCUGUCCAUCAUGCCCACAACUCCCUGCGGCGGGCUCGUCGACACACAGUCUGCAGUGUAGAAGCGGAGAGGGAGUUCGCCCCUCUCUGCCUUCGUAAGGAGGUGUACCCGUCCAGAAGAUCUCUCCCCUAUGAUGGAGCAACCCAACACCAAGGGUUGUCUCCGAGUCUUGCACUUUCUCCCAGCAGUUCCCUCUCCGCUCUUGUUUCCGGUUUCCUCUCAAGCCCCCUGGCUUUCCUCUCUACGAGAGCCGACAGAAGAAGCGCCAGCAGCCCCAGCACUUCCAUUCAUGUUUCUUCUCCCAGCGCCUGUUCUCCAAUAUCCCCGGUUGUACUCCUCGAAAGAAUUGACUCGCCCAGUUCUACCAAGUUGGACUAUAGUAGCAGUGGGAAUCUGUUGGAGUGUGAGUUGGUGAGGAGACAACAGAGUGAAGAGGAGGAUGAUGGCGAGGACACAAGCUCAUCCAGUCAGGAGUUUGAAGACAUAGGUUUGAGAGAAGAAAAGGCAUUGUCCGAUUCGGAAAUCAAGGUGGUGCAAAUGCGUGAGGAACGAGGGAAAGUGUCAUCUAUAAGAAUUCGGAAAGCUUUGCCCAAACCUCAGAACAACCUGACUCCCAUGGGCCUGCCCAGACGCAUCAGGCUGAAAAAGAAGGAGUUUAGUUUGGAAGAGAUUUACACUAAUAAGAAUUACAGCAAACCCCCAGAAAGUCGGCUGGAGACCAUAUUCGAGGUUCCUCUCAAUCGCCGGGAUGGCUCAGAGUCCUUGUUCGGCACGAGGCGUCUGAAAAGAAUUUUGGAGUUCUCGGAUACCGGCGAGGUCAGAAAAACAAAGAAGCCACUUGUUGGUGUCGGAAAGGCAGGUAUAUCUUCUUCCAGGACGAGACGAGGGGGCUUCCCUAAAGGCAAGCAGUCCCUCAGCGUGCAGGAUGUGGACUCUCUUCUCUGUGCCAAGCUCGAUCAGCUGAAACUGUGGUUGAUACAUGAUGAGAGACAGCUGACAGAUGCCUCUUAAAAGGCGAUUGCUUGGCAGCCAUUAAAGAAUAAAAAAAAUCACUGCGGCAGAUAAUUCUGUUUAUUCGACUGUUUCUAAUGUGUUUUCAACCGCUGCGCUUUUUUUCCCCCAUCAGCACAAUCUGUGUCCGAUGGUUGUGGUGACAAGUUAUUAAUGAAGAAUUAUGUUCUGUAGCAUUUGUAGCCUGCAAGUUGCAGAACGAUGCAUCAGAGGACAAGAAAAGAUCGCCUCAUAGAAGUUGGUUAUAAACAUGGUGGCUAUAUGCAUUAUACAAUAAGUCGCUCACUUGACAUUAAACCUCUGCCGUCCAUUUUUUCCCUGGCAGCUUUCCACCUGCGACGAGUGAAAUCGCUUAGAAACAAACAUUCUGGUUUUCAGCACUUGUACAGUAUCAUAACUAUCAGUAUAUCUCAGACUUACCCAGAGAGUUACACAUCUGCACUUCCUCCCUGGGUGAGUGACGAUGCCGUUUUGUUGCAGACCGUUUCCUUUCCUAAAAUGCACAUCUCGUUUGGAAGAAAGCAGUCGUGACUUUGAAGUAUUAUUGUAAGAUAAUCAGCUGCUUUUAUUAAAAUGCCGAAUAUUACUUUCUUUUUCCUUGCCAGCAAGAGAUUUGUAUUCGUCGCCAAUUUCACAACCGGGUUUCUGUCCAUGAUUUCCAUGUACUGUCAAAGUGUCGGCAAGUAGCACAUGUUGACCAUUUUACUCAGUUCAGUACUCAUGGGUGAAGAGGUUUUUGUUGAAAUAUAACUUGGAAACAAUACGGUGUUCAGAUUCCACUGCCUGGCUUUAAAUUACCUGUAGUUCUCUGGAUUGUUUCGUGCAGUCUAUAUUUGUAUCGCAAAUGUAACUUCUUGAUAAACUGCCUAAUGUAUGUUGCCUUAACUGUAAGAUGUUUUUGUUGUCACCGUAUUGGUAAUUGUUUUUACGAGGGCGGGUCAAGUUCCUUCAAACAAAUCAGAGCACAAAGUCGUUUUUAUUAUGAAAUAGUUUCUGUUUAUAUGUUUGUAUAAAAGUACAACAUAUUGAUACAUUUAAUAAAGCUAAUAUGGUAAAAUUGCAGUAUUGCCAAGAUUUGUAAUAAGAGCAGGAGCUUGUUCUCGCUGCCAUGACAUUAUGUACCCCAGUAGAGACCCAAUCCUUGAUGGAAUAUGAGUUAAAGUCGCUACUUUUUAGAUUGUCAGAUGGAGUAAUUUAUUAACUUUUUUGUAGUAUCUUUUAGUAUAUACAUUAUCCAAGAAUGACUACGUUAAAUGGUAAUGGAUUGGGUCAUUAUUGGAAAAUGACCAUUCUACUCUUUAAUAUAUAUUGUAUAUGUGUCAUGUCUCAAACUAUAGGCAAUGCUGGAUUUUUAUAUGACCAUUUAGUUUUUGAAUUGUCCAUGUUCAUAUAUUGUUAAAUAAAUAUUACAGCUUAUUAAAAAAAACAUGUACAAGUUGUAAACUUUUUGA